UUCGCGGAACGUGAACGAGAGUCGGUCGCAGUCGCGAUCCGCGACCCGUCGUGUUCGUGUCGUUGUCCCUUGUGAUCCGUGUGCGCGAUCUCUUUCGAUCGGCGACAUGACUGGAUCGUCCGUAGAUUAAUGUGUCGUCCGAUGCCGCAAUUAUUACUCGUCGCGCGACCGCGUUGCGGUGUCAGAUUAAGUUAACCGGUGUCGUUCUUUGCUCGUCGCCGCGACGAUCGUAUCGUAAAAGUACUGUUCUCGGCAAAUGGCGACAAGUGGUUGACGAAGAUACGAGCUGACAAUUUUGGCAAGAGGCUUCAUGAUCGCGAGAAGAUAAUAACGCAAGAGAUGCAGGCAUAACGGACAUGGAAACGUUAUACACCGGUGCAAUCCACGGUUUUCCGCAGCCUGGCGGCGGAAUAGCUAAUGGUGUUUCCACGGGAAUCGCUACUUCCUUCGACCAAGACGGCGUGCAGAGCCUCGUCGUCGUCCUCGGCGGAAGUCUGUCUUUGGUGGCUUUGGUGUUCGCGUUCAUCACUUACAGCCUCUUUUCCGACUUACGAAGUCUGGCAGGCACGACCCUAAUGAACCUUUUGGCAGCCCUUUUCAUGGUCCAGUUACUGUUCAUCGUGGGAGCUGGCGGCGUACAGGACUCCGAGCUGUGCAUCUCGCUUGGUCUGAGUUUGCAAUAUUUGCGGGUAUCUGUGGUUUGUUGGUUGGCGGCGAUGUCCCAUCACCUGUACGCCACCGUGGCGUCCUUACCGCGUCGCGACGACCCGCCGACAUACUUGAAGUACAGCUUGUUCGCAUGGGGUGCACCAUUGCUCACCCUCGCGUUGGCGACCUUUUUGCAGAGCCGCGAGAGCCACGAUUUCUGGAGUGUCAAUGAUCUCACCCCUUUCAACUGCUGGUUUCUGGGAGUUACGCCGACAGUCUACGCGUUUGCCUUACCGGUCGUUUUGCUACUGCUAACUUCUGAUUACUACCUCCUCAAGGCUGCGAUCGUAUCGAGGUACACGUGCAGCAUGCAGCUCGAGAUAAAGCAGCGCGAGAAGAUGAAGAGGCGGCAAGCGUUGCAGCUCACGCUCUUCCUGAAAGUCAGCCUGAUUAUCGGUCUGGUGGCCGCGUGCGGAGUGGCCGCCAGAGUUUGGAAGGUUCCCUUCAUCUGGACACUUUUUUGCGCGGGCCAUUCCCUGCAGGGAUCAGCGGUGGCACUCUCCGUCGCGUGUAACUGCAGAGUCCUGAAGAUCUACGCCAGGAAAUCCAACAAGCAACCGGAACACCAGAUCGCGAAAUCGAGCAGUAGCAUGCAGCUGCUCGCACCUGCUCCGGAUCCGGUCUAGGUGAUUCUCGAGGCAACCCUCAACGAGGAAGGGGCUGAUACCGAGAGGAAACCGACAACUCUGGCGACGGCUGGGUGGUCAUUCUCUCUUUCUCUCUCUUUUUAUUCGUGGGACGCAACUAUUUUUACAUCGAGAUGUGCUGACAUUUCCCUUCUAACUUUACCAUUUCUUUCUCUCCGGAGGACUGGGGCUGCGUUCUUGGGAUGACGUGUGAUUCCAGUUUCUCCCCGAUGGCUCAAUUCGUUCAGUACCACAUUUUCUCGAUGCUCGAAGUAGGCGAAAAGUUUUUCGAGAAUUUGUGUAAUAUCCAAAGAAAUUUGUGACUAGAGAUAUGCAAGAGGGAAUAUUCCUGGAAUAAUCUUGGAAUUAUGUUUUUCUGGCUGACGAAUUGUAAUAUGUUGAUUUGAGAUGUUCCAAAGAUAUCAUGAAAAUUCCGUAUCAUGAUCUUCCUCGACUUUUAUAAUAAUUCAUUGUUUCCAUACAUGAAAAUAUAUGUGCGCGACGUAAUGGUUUAGUGCGAACGAAACCGGUCGUUAAAUAUUACUUGGAGUUCCAUUGUUCCUAAGGUUUACGAAAGGGAUGAGAUUCUCGAGCUCUUAUACACGUAACUGCGCUAACCCUCGUCGAGUAUAAUUAUUAUUAAUUACAGCCUACGCGCAAGCAUUGUAGCUACAAAUGAAUUAAUUAUUAAAUUAAUUAUUAUAAUUCUCAAAUAAUACGUUGCAAUAUUGUAGUACAUAUUUUGGUGAACUCUUUAGCAGACAUUAAUUAUAAAAAAUGUGAAAAAUGGAAAUUAUAUUAUUAUAAUUAACGAGAUUUCGCGAAAAGUAUCAUGAGUAAGAAGAAUAUAUUAAAUUUCUCACAGUAAGAGGGCUGACUCUUCAUCUUCAGAACUUUAUCUUCUCAAAGCAACGGUAAGAACUCGAGAGAUAAACUACUUCAUCGAAACUGGGCGGGAAGAAUUAAAUUAUCAAUUAUUCUCGCGUUUACUUAAUUAUUAAUCGAGAAAAUGGCUGUUAAUUUAAACUGGACAUGAAAAUUAAUGAUUAAUUUAUCAAGUCGUGUGUUAAAUGAGUCCGCGCGCGUUUGCAUUGUGAGAGAGAUUAAUUAUAUAAUCGAUCUUUCGUUUCGGUCUUCCGCGCAAAUUGCAGCGAUCGGAUCUCGAAACUUGAUUCGCACGUCAGUGUAAUCGUAAUCGCGUUCUGCAACCCGAUUACAUGUGACGCCACGCGAUGUUGUGACGGUGUAAUGCUGCGAGCGAGAAACAAUUGGUAAUGCGAUUUCGAUACGACGGAGGGAAAUUUUGUGCGCUCCACUAGCGAGGGAUACAAACGAAGAAGAAUGUAAUAUGUAAUAGGUUGCAACCAACUUCAAUGUGAUAUGCAUAUCACGUUAAAUGCGCUACAAUUGUAUAUAUAAUUCCGCGCGUGAUGAAUCUAUGACCAUUAGGCCAGCGUAAGUUUCCAACGCCGCCCGAGAAGCUGUGGCAUGUAAGCCAGAAAAAUGCAGUCUGUAAGUACUAUACACAAUCGUGAAUUGAUUAUGUAAUUCGCCCUGAAAUUUAUUCAACAUUAUUUAGUAAAGAACUCUCUUUUGCUGCGUCUCGGCGACGAUUUUAUUUGACAAAAUAAAAAACCGGCAAAAUCGCAGCACAAUGAGAUAUUAUGUAUACUGAAUGUGUAAUCAAUUUCCAGCGAUAAUUUUUAUUCACAGCGAUUUAUCGAGAAUUUUUAAUAUCCGACGCCAAGUAUCGCGAAUGUACUAUACAAUGCGAAUUAUUUUUCUUUUCGAGCGCGACCUAGAUUUUGCCGAUUGUGUGUCUCGCGGCAGAUUAAUUCAAUCCUCCAGCUGCGCACGAUGGAAUUUUCAUUUUGAAGCAAGGAAAGUUCUACGUUUUCAUGUUAAUUUCCCGAAAGGCGAAAUCGCGAGAGCCCGAGGCGAGUGCAAGUGUCGCGUUUGGUCCAUCUACGUGGUGGAAGCUGCGCUCGUCGUUAGUGCAAUUUCCUCGACCAUGAUGAUGGAUACCAUGGGGCAGGGCGAUAUCGUACACCGUAAUUCAAUUCGUAGAGGUCACUUAAGGGAUGAAGUGCCGGUGAGGAAGCGAAUGGCGAGAAUCCUAAUAGAAAGCGCCGCUGGUCUCUCGCGCGAUUUACCUCAAAUUCUCAGUGUUCCUGAAAUUUAUUCAAUAUUUAGUUCCCUCGCGUUUAGGAGCCCCCCUUUAACCGGCGGGGGGCCCAGUGAUCGAUCGAGGGGUCAGUUCUCUCGCUCUCCUCCUCUUUGCCACGUUGUCGACACUCUAACCCUAACGAAUGCGGCGGCGAUGGUCUGAAACCACCCUGUCGUGGCGUGAUGUAUCGAUACCUAUUGCUUCUAUUUCGCGAGCGAGGAGAGCAUCGCACGCCAUCGUUUCUUCUCCCUGAAUAGUGUCCAAUCAAGGUCGAGAACGGUGUGUAAAUUGGGUGCACUGAGGACGUCGAAAGUUGAUUAAACGCGGAUAAAUGAUUGGGAAACCGUAGAAAUACUCUUCUGAUUCCUGUCAAAGAUGCGAGUCGAACUAAGUAAUUAAAUAGGCAAGCGAAUAAACGUUCAAGGUACUCGUGUUAAAAGCAGGAAUUGAUUAAUUUCAGAAUUUGCCAUUAUUUAAUUAUAUAAAAUUUAGAGUAAUUAAUAGAAAUUCAGUAUAUUAAGAACGUUGCCACGACAGCCAAAACGUGCUUUCCGAAUGGUUUCCUCUCCUUUCUUCACUAAAUGAUCACAAGGAGAGAAACAAUGGCAUGCGAUUAUCGCUCAUGUAUACAGGCAUAAAUAUGUAUUGGAGGGUGGUCCUCUCGAGAGGAUGGCACGUGGAUUUGUCAUUUCGGUCUGCCAAUUUUAUUGGCGAGACGAGGGAUUCGAGCGAGCGAAAUGCAAAAAACGACACCCAAUGUAGGCCGACAUAUCAAUGUUGAAAUAAUAUCCCUGAUUUUUCUAAGUGUCGAGCGGAUCGAAUGCCGGGCCCGGGGGAUCGCACGUCAUCGUUUUGAUGAGCUUGAUCGAUACACACCCCCGCAAUCGAGCGCUUCAUAUGUACAUGAACCAUGAUGACAGGAGGGUGCUUGUCAAACCGGAUCUCGUGGGAUUGCGCGAUCAAUCGGCGUCUAUCUCGCGGCGGGUGGAUUUCCCUCGUUCGGUGAAUAAUUAGGAACAAUCGUGACGGUAAUUGUGACAGCGGCAUAAUUGCGGCUCACUGUGCGUGUCCCGUUAAUUAACUUUAUAAUCGUUACGCACUUAGCGACGAAUUCGAAAAGCACGGUAAUCCAUGCUUUCUCUUGUUUUAAUAAUAAGAAAUUAAUUUUCUUUUCUUUUUACGAUUAUCUGAUUUUUAUGGGAAGGUGCAUUUUACAUAAAAUACAUUUCUUCAAGUUUAGCGUUUAUAUUUUAAUAAAACUACCUGCUUAUUAGUGUUAAAUGUCAGGUCAGUCAAAAAGUUCAGUUCUAUUUUCAAUAGCUAACGUCAUGUAUAUGUAUAUGUAAUACAAGCAACAAUGUUAAUAAUGUCAACAUGAACAAUAAGGUUUAAUCAUGCACAAUAAUGGUGAUUAUUGGGUCGAUGAAUAAUUUGUUUCCACUGAAUGCAAUAAAGCAAAAUUCGACGGGCAAAUCGAAUCGAUUUUUGACUGAUCUAAUAUUCUGUUAUAUAUUAUAUAAUAAUGUAUUAAUAUAUUUUAGCUUUUUGAUUGUUUCUUGAUAAAGUUCUCAAUGAAAGAAAUCUGUGCGACGAUAAAUUACGUCUACCAUCAUAUUCGCCAUGAUCUGGCAGAUUUAUUUUUCUUGAAGGAGGGAAUCUUUCUGUCGCGCGUGACGUGCGUGUCAUGUAGAUGUAUCAGGACAUAUAUCUCUACGUAUAUAUCUCUCGUGGAUGCUCCAUCGAUCGUUCAAUCCUGGCGUCGUGCGUUCACGCAAACCACCCCGAUCUGAAUUCCGCAUACGCAAGCUGGCCCGCAUCCUCGGUCAACGUCGCGAUAUCAAGUGUAUUCUGCGAACGUUAUCGACCAAUAAACCCGCAGGAUUCAACACGAAUGUGGAAGCUGGGAAUUAUCGGUUCCCUCAUCCAGGAAUUUACGGGUGUCGUCUCGUGUGUGUUUCGUGUACUUUGUGCGUAUAUGCGUGCGUGCUGAUCUCGCGGCCGGCAUUCCCGCGCGAUGUAAUUAACACUCGGUAAUGACCUAUGCAACCCUGCGUUAGCGCGUACAUGUGUAAUCGCAGCAUGCAUACGUACGUAGAAACAACGUGAAAUGUAAUCACGACGAAAUAAAUAUUUUGAAACCUAAGCAA